CCACAUUGUGCGCAGUGGAAAGUAUUCCUAUUUCGUACGCCUGACUGUGGGUGAAAUGUCAUGUCCGGAGGGUGACCAUGCGGAGCUUUACAAGAGCGGAGAGUUCGUACGGCUGGACUGUGACGUCACAAUGGAACACAUCGUCAAGGUCUUCCCUCCCUCCUCUGUUACUUGGCUGAAGGAAUGCAAGCCUUUGCCAAGAGGUGAGGUCAAUGGUCACAAGCUUCAGAUCGAAAAUGUCUUAACAGCAGAUGCAGGUAAUUACACCUGCGUGCUUAACUUCACCUAUGAAGGAAGGAACUACAGGGCUUCCCGCACCACCAAUCUGGUCAUCACAGCUCCUCCUCCAAGGCAUAGAACAGAGAUAAAAAUUCCUCUUAACGAGACGCGAGCAGUGACAAUAGGUUCUCGAGAAGAGUUACGCUGUGAGGCCACAGAAAUAGAAAAUGAGAUCACCACAGUUGAUUGGAAGAUUAAUGGCACACUUAUACAGAACUCCACGAACUUCACAAUCAGCAAAACACACGGGAACAACACCAGUGUUAACACUCUGACCAUCAUCAAGGUGAAGGCAAAGCACCUGAAUGUCAAUUUUACCUGCAUGGCCACAAACGCUCUGGGUAGUGCCAGAAGUACAGUGGUGCUUAAAGAAGCCAACGAGGGACAUGUUGGAUGGCUGGUGGCUGGCAUCUGUCUAUGUGUGUUGCUAAUAGCGUGCGUCUUGCUGUGGCACUGCUUCAAAGUGGACCUGGUGCUACUGUAUCGCUCUCUCUGUCCCAGGACGCACGACAAUGAUGGUAAGCAUUAUGAUGCGUAUGUUAGUUACCCAUAUGAGUCGCAGGGCCUGUCUAUGACGUUUGCUCUCCGGCUUCUUCCUGAGGUUCUGGAGAACAAGCACGGCUACAAGCUGUUCAUCAGGGGCAGAGACGAUGACCCAGGGCAAGAUGUGUUUGAUGUGAUUGUGGAUGCCCUCAAGAAAAGCCGCAGGGUCAUUCUGGUGCUCGAAGGAGCACACUCAGACACACACUGUGGGCAGGUGGCCAUAUGUGACCCAACACACACAGAGACCUACACACCCCUGUCCUCCUCCAUGACCACACACACUUUCACGACCUCGAAGGAGGCCGAUACACGCACACAGCUCAAUGGGAACACACAGAAAAGCUUUGUAGACCAAGCAUCCACACAGUCGACCCAACUUGUGUGUUUGGGAAAACACACAGCUCCAGUGUGCGAUGCACACAUAGACCCGGCGGCAGGUGUGUGGGGGGUUAGCAUCGAGCAGGACGUGGUAAUACAUGACACUCUGCUUCGCUCUAGUAUCAAGGUCAUCGUCAUCCAGACCGGCCACUUGGGCCGAAAGGAGGAGAACCUCCCUGCCUCACUCGGCCAGCUCAAACACUCUAGAAAGGUCUUACGCUGGCGUGCGCACACUCACACACCAAGUCACACUCACCCAAGGACCCAGAGAAGGUUUUGGAAGGAGCUGAGAUACCUCAUGCCCAUAGCCAUGCGGACCAGUGCUAAAAGCACCACCACCACCACCACAAGCAACAGCUAACAAGGCAGUGGGGCUAGCGACGCUGUACUACUACCUGCUGUUGAUUAGAUGGUGGCUUAAUGUUACGGAAGUUUGAAGGUUGGAAUCCCAAAUCAUCUGUGGCUGAGGUGCCCUGGAAAAAGGCCACCAAAUAUCUUGUAAAUC